AACCUCCUAGAAAGAAAUGAACUGAAAAUUCCUCAUCCAAGUCCUCUACCAGGCACUGAUAAAGAUUUUCCAUUCGUUAUUGUAGGUGAUGAAGGUUUUAUAUUAUCUGAAAAUGUACUCAUACCUUUUCCUAAAGAACAAUGUUCUGGUAAAAGAGACAGAAGAAUUUUUAACUACAGACAUUCUCGUGCCAGAGGACGCUCUGAAAAUGCAUUUGGUGUCAUGGCCAGUCGUUUUCAAAUUUUUCGAUCUCCAAUGAGAUACGAUCCGGAUGAUGCCUGUGAUAUUAUAAUAGCUGUAUGCUGUCUACAUAAUAUGCUUCGGACUGAUGUUGUUGGUCGUGCCAUGUACACACCACCAUCAUAUAUAGACACAGAAGAUGUGCUACGAGGAAAUAUUUUGCCUGGUGAUUGGAGAAAUGAACAAAUUCAGGGUUUAGUGGGGUUUCAAAAUCCAAGAGGCUACCGUCAUGCUAAUCACGCUUUAGCAUUACGAGAAAUGUGGU